UACAAGAAAGGCAAGGACAGGAAAGAGAAACUCCACCUCUUAAGGUGAGCCUUUAGAGAAAGUCAGAGCAAUUGAUAACACGCUGUGACAUGAGGCUGGACAGAAGACACGACAGCUCUUUCGAAAGAAGGCAGAACCUAAAAUGAAAAGACAGCGACAAUUACAUUUACGCCACCAGGAAGGAAUCACCUGCGGUCAGCGGAGGAACUAAAGCAACUGUAAGAAAUUAAAGAGAACGUUCCUAGGUUGAAAGUGGGAGCUUGAAAAUCUCAGAAGAUGGCCUACAACCACACCGACCUCCAUGUUUCCUCUCCUCCUCUGUCCUUUAACAUGUCAAACCAACUUUUCUCCAAUACCACCAAUGGAAAGGGAAGAGUUAUCGACUCGAUUAUGAGCAACAGCGGUGGAGCAGUCGCCGGCGCUGCGAUCCUCGGCCUUGUGUGUCUCCUCGGUGUCCCUGGAAACAUCUUCAUCGUCUGGAGUAUCCUGGCUCGAGCUCGUCUGCGUUCCAUCACCACACUCCUGAUCCUAAACCUAGCCUUAGCCGAUGGAUUCCUCAUGCUGCUGACGCCAUUUUUCCUUGUUUACUUAAUUAAACGCAGCUGGAUUUUUGGCCUUGCACUGUGUAAAAUUCUGUUCUACCUCUGUUGCGCCAACAUGUACGCUUCAAUAUUUUUGAUAAUGCUAAUGAGUCUGCACAGGCUGGUUGCUAUAGUGUGGCCAAAGCGUGUUGGUGCCUUAAGCAACCGCAGGACAGUCCUUAGGUUGCUAAUUGUAUUGUGGAUUCUUGCUCUGGGACUCUCUGUGCCCACUUUGUUUUUCAGGAUUGAAAGUGGUUCAGAAAGUCAGAAAGUGUGCGACUGUAAACACUCAAAACCACAAUAUGCGGUGUUGCAGUACUGUUCGGAAACUGUGCUCGGCUUCUUGUUGCCAUACGGGGUGAUCAUAAGUAGUUAUGUGUGUAUCCUGCGAAGAAUUCGCAAGACCAGGUUUCGUAGACGCAUCCGCAGUGAGAAACUCAUUCUAGUCAUUGUCGUCUCCUUCGGUCUUUUCUGGCUACCUUACCACGUCAUAAAUAUGGUGCAGGUCACUGCUGCUUUAUAUCCAAAAGAUUCGCUGACAAAAGUGAGACUGGAUAAAAUUUGGACAUCAUUCCGGGCCCUAACCUCUACUGUGGCAUUUGUCAGUAGCUGCAUAAACCCUGUUCUUUACACCUUUGCUGGAAAGUCAUAUAUCCGACGUGAGGGUCUUGCCUUCAUGGCACGGCUGUUUGAGGGCACGGGGUUGGAGUCAACAUUGAAGAUCAGGCGGAGCAAUCAGAACAGUCGAGAUCGAGAGAAAGAGACGGAUGAAAAAGAGAAUUUGAAAGACAAGGACCCAGAUUCCACCAUCAGUGCUAAUGCGAACAUGAGUAUUAAAGUUGUCCCACUUAAAAAUGGAAAGUGAGAACACGGCAUGACCUUGCUGUGGGCUAUUGGUGGGAAAAUUUUACGUACAUUGACAGCGUUGAACCAGCUUCUGCUUUGCGUUCUAUCAGUGUGUUACAUACAUUUGUAUAAGUUACUGAAUGUAUGUAGGUUAGACUGAACAAUGCUCUAACGUGGUUUAAAAGGACAACUUGUACUUUUGUGAAAGAUGGCUCAUGAUAGCACAUCUAGAAACAGCAUAAACUAUUGUGGAGUUAGGAGACUAAUGUCCAGACAAUGGGAGAAAGACCAUGACUAACAAAAAACAUCCUACACAUACGUCACUGGAUAAGGACUAAGGGCCUGAUCAGACAGAACGCGUCUUUUGCUGUGAGACGCGCCUCAUUUGAAUUGUUUUCAGUUGGCAGGGAGCGUUUUGCGCGCUGCUUAUGCGCCGGGCGCCUCGCGUUUCUGCCGCCUGCUGCGCCUCGCGUUUUUGGCGGAGCGCUCUGAGCGCCCGAAGUUGAAAAAACUCAAAUCUGAGCAGAAAAGCGCUUGACGUCAUGUGCGCUUUUUUCCAUUGUCCAAUCGAAUGAGUGGAGAGGCGGGGCUUCCCUUGUGGCAAUGCUCGGAACGCAUGGAGACAUGGAGGAGAAACUUGUUGUGGCUGUUUCGGGUUACCUAGCAACAUACAAAAAACGCUGCGUGCUGCUCUUUUCAAAGAGUCACCAAAAGAGCAGCGCGGCGCGCCUCGCGUUUUCGAACAUGAAAAGCGCGUUCUGUGUGAUCGUACCGUAAGACUGCCUUUUUAGACUUUCGAAAGAGGAUAUCUGCCUUAAACUAAACAACGGUUUGUAAAAUUUCAGGAUUUGUGAUUGAAAAAGUAUACAAUCUGAUGAUGAUGACUGGCUUUUCAGAAUAAUUGGCCCUGGUGGUUUAUAAUCACAGUAAAGCCAAGGCAAACUUUACAACAGCGACUUUGAAAUAUACUACAGGAAAAAAUGAAGGAAGUUAUGUGAACACAACAUACAUUAAGGAUCCUCAAAAGUUUAAGGUCAUUUACUCAUUUUUUAUUAUAAUAAUUUAUUUCUACAUUUCAGAAUAAUAGUACACCCAGGACAACAGAAUAAGAGCAAAAAAAAGGCAUGAAAAUUGCUCCAAAUAAUCCACAACAACAAAUAUUUUAAUAUAUUUGAGCAUCUUAGCCAACCUUGAAGUAGCUAUUUUAUCAACCUGUUAUAGGCUGAGAUGCUUUUUAAACAGUACUGAAAAGGUUCCAAUCUGUUGGCCUCUUACUGGUUCCAUUUUUCAUUUAGAAGUCAAAUAUGUCACAACCUUUUUUGAAAUAAUAUUGUUGUUUUGUAAUAAGAAGAGAAGAAAAUAAGUUGGCACAAUUUUGUUGUUUACAAAACUCAUUUUAAAACAUAAGCUUUUUUAAGUCAAUGCAUUGCAAACCUGUCAUUCAAGUGACCCUACACGUUUGACCAUUUAACAUUAAAUGUUUCGGUUAUCAAGUUAUUUUUAUGUUACCAAAAGGUAUUUGGUAGACUUUAUCACUUUAUGCCAUACAUCUGUGUGUGAAGUUGCUUGUUGGUGUUGCUACAACUGUUGCUUUAAUAUUAUUGGUGGACUGUAUGUCUGGCCAUAGGUGAGUUAACGUGGGUAAGACAUAUAAACCAAGAUAACCUUCUAUUUGUCACGGUUUCCCUCUGUUUCUCCCCGUGUUUUCCCCAAGAACUUCACUUCCCAUGAUCCUUCACGCUCCCGCACCUGUGUCUCCUCUGCAAUCCCUGCACCUGACAGUCAUCAGCCCCAUCACAAGGACACUAUAUACUCUGCCUGUGUAAUGUUUCCUUGUCUCGUCAUAAAUGUAAUGAUAAUUGUUACUAGUGUAUCCUACCGCCGUGUGUGUCUAUUAAAAAGUAUAU